AUGAAAAGCCAAAGUUAUGAUGAUCAAAGCUGUUCCCAUCGGCAAGUUUCUGAUAAAGAAAGCAUAUCCGGUUGUGCUCUAGUUGCUUCAUUGUUGAUGACGAGGAUACAAGCUAUGGAAGUAAUUAUAAGUGGGUUUAACUAUUUUACUAGACACCUUUCUGACCUGGCAAGCCAGCAUUGCUACAUUGAACUGAAUUUCCAAGGAGCUUAUGUGGUCUGGAAGCAAGUGAUAUGUGCAUUGAUAACAGAUGGUAAGCUUGCUCACCAGGAAAUUGUGAAGAAACUAGUGGAGUUGAUUGGAAUUACAUCUAUCAUGGAGGUUUUAAUACGCUUGAUUGGUGCUGAUGAACAUAUGUAUGUAAGUCAUGUGAAUGCAAUGCAGUGGAUUGAAGAUACUAAUGUGCUUGAGAUGAUUGUGGAUAAAUUCAGUUCUUCGUUGUCAACAGCACCAUAUAGUGCUGUUGCAGAAUUGUGUUGUGAAGUGCCUGGAACAUGCUUCAGUGGUUGCCCAAUAGCCACAGAAAAUCCUGCAAAAUUGCAGCUGGAUGAGUGCUGUUGGAGUGUGUCGGAAAAAUGUACUUUAAUGAUGAAAGAGCCUUAUUUAGGGGAGUCACUUAAGGAUUUCGCCCUCUCCCCUAGUCCCUCAGUCACUUGCAUGCCCUUUGUUCUGAGGUUGAGAGCAAUCAAUCAUGAUUCUCCAGAGGUACAUGCUAAUGCAGCAGAAACUCUCUGUGCUAUUACACGAUUUGCUCCUGCAGGGCUUUCUGUGAAGAUCUCCAGUCCUAGCUUUAUAGGAAGAUUAUUCCGUCAUGCUCUGGAAGUUUCGCGGCCAAAAUCUGUUCUUGUGAACUCUCUAUCUGUAUGCAUAUCUUUGCUAGACCCUAAGAGACAUACUUUUGGAGCUUAUUAUACAUAUAACCGCCAAAUGACUAAUGGGUCUAGUGUAAUUGCAAAUCCCGAGACUGUUGAAGGAAUGCUAGAAAGCCUAGGUGAUUUACUGAACCUAUUAGAUAUUUCUUCUGCUGAAAAUCUCUUGCUAACUACUUUUGGCAAAUUACAACCGCCUCUCGGUAAACAUCGUUUAAAGAUUGUUGAAUUUAUAUCAGUGUUAGUAACUGUUGGUGGUGAAGCUGCUGAGAGGAAAUUGAUUGAUCUUGGAGCAGUACAAAGAAUUAUAAACUUGUUCUUUGAGUACCCAUACAAUAACUUUUUGCAUCACCACGUGGAAAACAUUAUAACAUCUUGCUUGGAGAGUAAGAAUUCUUCUCUUCUGGAACAUCUUCUCCAUCAUUGUGAUUUUGUUGGGAAAAUUAUUCAAGCAGAAAAGCAAUUCACGUUGGAAGCUGAUACAAACAAGCCAACAAUACCUGCUGAGGGUAAAUCAGCACCCAGGAUAGGAUGCAUAGGACACUUAACCCGUAUAUCUAACAAACUUGUCCAGUUAGGGAAUAACAACGGUGUGAUUCAGGAACAUUUGAAGGGAAAUAGUGAUUGGACAGAUUGGUACUUGGGUGUUCUAUCCAAUCGCAAUGCUGUGGAAAAUGUCUAUCAAUGGGCCUGUGGGAGACCAACAGCAUUGCACGACAGAAAUAGGGAUAGUGACGAGGAUGAUUAUCAAGAUCGGGACUAUGAUGUUGCAGCAUUAGCAAAUAACUUAAGUCAGGCCUUCCGUUAUGGCAUUUACAAUAAUGAUGAGAUUGAAGAGGUACAGUACAGUCAUUUCAAGGGACCUCCUGAUGUCUAUUUUGAUGAUGAAUCUGCAGAAGUUGUUAUAUCUUCUCUGCGUUUGGGAGAUGACCAUGAAAGUGGAUCUCUAUUCACAAAUUCCAACUGGUUUGCUUUCGAGGAGGAUAGAGAUCGAGUAGCCAAUGAGCGCUCAACAGGUUCCCCUACUUCUCCAUCACCUGAUGCUGAAGAGGGUAUUGUAAAAGCCAGUGGAGAUGAUGUUAUUGCUGGUGAAGAUGAGGAGUUAGCUGACACUGCAACAUCUUCUCCAGAAGCAGGACAAAAAUUAGAACAUUGUGGGACCGAUAAACCUGUUGAGUGGGUUGAAUGGAGGGAAUCUUCAGACGCCAAUGACCCUUCUGAUGUUCUUCCCAAUGGGGAAAUUGGGAACAAUGAUUCUGGUGCAGCUGAUUCACCAUCUCCAUCGUCUAUUGUUACAUUAACAAAGGAUGAGCAGACAGCUACUGAUUUGCCAUCAGCGUCUCUCAACUCUAUUGAAACCUCUGAGCCAACUAAAACAGUAACUGAAAAUCCAAGUUCAUGUGCACCAACUUCGGCGGAUGGUACUGAACCAUCCACAGAUCUCCUCGCCCAAGCUCAGGUCACGUCGGUCUUUAGCAUUGCAGAGCUUGGAAUGGUUGCUGAUAAGGACUUGAACCUCAGAAAGCAUACUAAAAAUGGGAAAAGGCCAAAACAUGAAGGGGUUCUGAAACUUGUAUUGACUUGUCCCAGUAUAUUGUAUAAGUUGCUUCAGAAUCAACUUCGGAAAGACUUCCUGGUUGGAUUGAACUAG